AUGACGAAAGGUGCUCUUUUGCAGGCCGUGUGGGUGACGGCGCUGGCGCCGUACGUGGUGCUCUUCAUCCUGCUCGGUCGGGGCGUGACGCUGCCCGGCGCCGACGUGGGCAUCCGCUACUACCUGACCCCGCAGUGGGACAAGCUCAAGGAGUCCAAGGUGUGGAUCGACGCGGCGUCGCAGAUCUUCUUCUCCCUCGGCCCUGGGUUCGGCACGCUCCUCGCGCUGGCGAGCUACAACAAGUUCAACAACAACUGCUACAGGGACGCCAUCCUCACCAGCUCCAUCAACUGCCUGACGAGCUUCUUGGCGGGCUUCGUCAUCUUCUCGGUGCUCGGCUACAUGGCGCACGUGCAGAACAAGAGCGUGGCCGAAGUGGGGCUCGACGGCCCUGGUCUGGUGUUUAUCGUGUACCCGGAGGCGAUAGCAACAAUGAAAGGCUCCUUCUUCUGGUCCAUCAUCUUCUUCGUGAUGCUGAUCACACUUGGCCUCGACUCCACCUUCGGCGGCCUGGAGGCCAUGAUCACGGCCCUUUGUGACGAAUACCCCCGCCUGCUCGGGAGGCAUCGCGAGAUUUUCGUGGCGGUUCUGCUGGUGUUCGUGUACCUCUUCUCGCUGCCGACCUGCACCUAC